AUGUCCUUGGAAGAAUCACUUACUGAUUCCUCUGCUGUCCGCCGCUUCAGCGGAUACAUCUCCCUCAAGCCCCAGGUUGGCAAUGACCUCAGUAGAAUCUACAGCCGCACUGUCAUCGGCAGAGUCUGGAAGAAGUGGGCCAUGGCACAAAUCACACAAAAGAAGCCCUGCAUUCGCAUCACUGUUGGGUACUCCCAGGAGUCCACGAUCAGCAUUGAGAGCACCGAACACAAGUCUUCCAAGGAUCCAGUGGUGAAGGUCAAUGGAAAGUUGAACUCUUCUCAUGAAAAUUCGAGUGACGAGGAGGUGAUUGAGAUGUUGAGGUCUAUGUUCUGCACCCUGGCCAAGGCCCUCAAGCAGACCCAGGUCGAGUUCAAAUUUUAUGGAGACGACGAUAAGUACUUGUGCCGAUACAACAUCUCUUACUCCAAGAAAUCACAUCCCAAAUCACAAGGAAGGCUUCAAUCAUCCAGCUUGUUGGACGAGGAAGAACCAGACAAGACCAUUGCACAACACAUGCAACUCCCUGUAAUGGGGCCUCUGCAACAAACUGAUGCAUUAGGAUCCGGGGGAAGCAGUGCACUCCAAUCUCCUCCAAAGCCAUCGCCAACACCAAGGCACGAUGGCCCCAAGGAAGUAGAUGUUGACGAUCUGAUGCCUUGGUAUGGCGAGAUUGACAUUGUGUCUCAAAGGUGGUCGGUUGGUCCAACAGAGGUUGAAUGUUAG